GACCCUCUACCGGUAUGUCCAUCGCCUUUUCAAGCUGGUUCGCAAGGAAGGUUCGCAGCAGAAGCAGCUUGUGGGCAAUUCAAGGUAAGUGAGGCUUAGUCCCCGGCCGAGUUUCCAUUAGCUAAGAGAGAUAAGGUAACGGGAAUAAUUUCUUGAACGUAAGAUGAAUCAACCGUUGCCGGGAAAUUCGGGGUUACGUAAGAGUAGGAAACCGCACCACGACAUUCCCGCAGCAGUAAGGGUUACUAUCAUACGGUAGUCGUGUCCCGUAAGGGGAAGUUUAGACGUUCGGGCCGCAUACGGUAGUUAUCCCUCACCUCACUCGUUCGCCAAUUCUCCCGCUUCACUCGAGUUCGAUGGAGGGAAGGAUCACCGAUUGGGGAGGAGCGGAAUACCGGCAGUGAGAGUGUCUGGUCUUACUCUGGAUUAUCUAUCACUUUGACGAAUUGACUACCGGCUACUCUGCUCGUGUUGUCGCCUGGCUAGGAAAAUUAUUAGGUGCAGGAAGAUGUCGUCCCGAUUCCCCCCAAACUCUCGAGUACGGCACUGCACCGUAUCGUGGAUGUGCUGCAGGCUAACGGUAAAUUUAGUCAACUUGUGAGAUAGCAAGCACGGAGCUACAAUGCCAUCCCAUCCCCGAAUAUCAAGCCUCUGGGGCAACACAACACACUGACCACCGCCCUUCCACCUUGAAAUCUCACACCCGUAAUAACGCACGCUGCCGUACAACACCGGCGGCCGGUGAGGUUAAUCUAUUACGUACGAGAAAUCAACCCAAUUCCACCAAAUGGUGAUGGUAAUUGUAUUCAUACCAGGUACCGGGCCUGCUGUACGUUGGUAAUAGCCUUUUCCAUCGCCUUUUGUGCCCCGUGCUUUGAAACGUGUAAUUGAGUCCGGGGAGUACAAAUAUUGUGGUAGGUAACGUGAGUUGGGUCGAUUAAAUUCAGCAAGAUUGAGGGAGAGGUCUGUCGAAAAAAAAAAAAAAAGUGGGGAAAAUAUACAUCAGAUAUGUUUACCAAGGCUUUACUUUUCACCGCUUUGGCGGGGCUAGGCGGGGGGGUGGUCUGGGGACACGAGCAUUCCGGGAGCUUGCAGGAACACUUGAGUGCUCAGGGGCCGCAUAGGGAGAGGUUGUGGUAUAAUGUCCUGCCGGGGGAUGGGGGGACGCAGGUAUCCUUCUUCCAUUGCCCUCCCUCCGCGACCCAAUUUGCGGAAGUGGUGAAUCUAAUGAUGGAGGGAUGUUACAGGCGGACAGCGUCUUCAGCGGAAUCUCAACGUUCGGGAGAAUACCCUACUUUCCGUGUCUAUCUUCCGAUGAGGAGAGGUUUGAUAUAGCCUUCUUAGGUACCCCCUCUCUUCCACCAACCCUACGUAGUGAUUGCAGUGGUUAACGGCCCCAGGCGCCCCCUUCGACACCGGCACCUCAUAUCGCCCCGGUGCACGUUUCGGCCCAUCCGGAAUCCGUCAAGGUUCCCGCCGUCUAAACCUCUAGUAACCCCCCCCCCUUCUUCUAACUGACAAAACCUGUACAUCCAGGCUCACACAAACUCUCCUUCAGCGGCGGUUACAAUACCCUCCUCUCAGUGAAUCCCUUCAAUUCUUGGGCGCGAGUGCUAGACUGCGGUGAUAUCCCCGUAACGUCCUACGAUAAUGCGUACGCCAUUAAGCAGAUCGAACAGGGGCACUACAGUCUCUUGUCCAGGACGCCAGCGUACGGAGCGGACGAGGGGAGAAGGGGCCCUGCAAAAGGUGGAAAGGUGUUGCCUAGGAUUAUCACGCUUGGAGGUGAUCACACGAUUGUGCUGCCGAUCCUUAGGAGCGUAAAGAGGGCUUAUGGGCCGGUUUCUGUUAUUCAUUUUGAUAGCCAUCUGGAUGUGGGUCCUACUGUCAAAGCUGUGCAGGGGGGGGGGGGGGGCGAGAGCUGAUGAUAGAGCGCGAAUAGACCUGGAUGCCAAAAGUAUUCGGCGGUGCGCCGACUGAGCAGGCCUCUAUUAAUCACGGGACUUACUUUGUACGUUUCUUCCUUCCUUCCCUCCUUCCUGCCUGCCUACCUUCCCCAUCCGCUUCCACUUUCUAUGUGCUGAUAUUUUCCAAAGUGGCACGCAUAUAAAGAAGGCCUCCUAAAAAAUAACACCAACAUCCGUACGUCCACCUCUUCAAUCCUCAUCACUACGGAACCAACUAAUGCCCACCAGACGCUGGAAUAAGAACCACACUGUCCGGCCCCAGCGACUACGAGAAUGACGCCGUCGUCGGCUUCGAUCUCAUAGAAGCGCACGAAAUCGACGAGAUCGGCGUUGGUGGAAUAGUCAAGAAGAUCCGGGACAGGGUAGGCGAAGGACUAGUCUACCUCUCAAUCGAUAGUACUCCCCCCACCACCUCCUCUUUGUUCUCCUGUGCAUGGGGAGUUAUUGUUAAUGCGUGGGGGAGAACAGUCGACUCAUUAGAUCCCGCAUUCGCACCGGCCACUGGAACGCCCGAGACUGGGGGGUGGAGUACGCGCGAGUUGAGGGCUAUCAUUCGCGGUUUGGAUGGGCUGCAGUUGGUUGGCGCGGAUAUUGUAGAGGUUGCGCCGGCUUAUGAUACUAAUGCUGAGUUGACGACCAUGGCUGCUGCGGUGAGUCUUCUUCUUUUCUUUGCGAGGAUUUUGGGGGGCUGAUUGGCAUUAGGAUGUGCUGUUCGAAGUCAUGAGCGUUAUGGUCAAGACGCCUUUGAAGAGCGUUUGAUGGACCCCGCCGAUGUCUGAAGGACAGGCUGAUACCCAUGACCGAAUGAUAGAUAAUGACAUCACGAAAUCUCACUCGUUCCAAACCCUUCAGUCUAAUCAUUUCUUACAAACAAAAACUCCUCCCAAUCCC